AUGAAAAUAAUUAUCAAAACCUUAAGUGGAUAAACCUUUGAUAUUGAAGUACAACCAACAGAAACAGUUCUAAACAUCAAAGAAAAAAUUGAAUAGAAUAAAUAAUUCGAAAUAGCCUAAUAAAAACUUUUAAGAAAAGGAACUCUUUUGCAAAAUGAAUAAACUGUUGCUGAAUUGGGACUUCAGGAAAAAGACUUUCUUGUUGUCAUGGUCAAUGUCAAAAAAGGACCUCCUCAACAACAACCUGUUUAAUAACAAGUGCAAUAGCCACCUUAGUAGCCACAACCUGUCUAGCCAUAAUAACCAAUAUAAGCGUUUAAGCCAGUCGUUGCUCCCGCUCCAUAAAAUAUGGUGACUGGCUCCGAAUAUGAUGCAGCCAUUCAAAAUUUGAUUUAAAUGGGAUUUGCUAAAUCUGAAUGUGAAGCAGCCAUGAAGGCAGCCUAUAACAAUCCGGAUAGAGCUAUCGAAUAUUUACUAAAUGGUAUUCCUGUAGUUAAUCAACCACCACCUCCCCCAUAGGCUUAAAAUGAAAAUCAGGAACAUCAGAAUGCAUUGUAAUAAUUGAGAGAAUAAUUUAUUUAAAAUCCAGAGGCAAUCCUUUAGUUGCUGCCACAAUUACAACAAACAAAUCCCUAAUUAUAUUAGUAAAUUUAACAGAAUCCUGAGGCUUUAGUUUAGUUAAUUUUGGGCGGUCAUCAGGGGGGAGAAGAUGAAAUAGAGACCGAGAUCACUUAAGAGGAGGAAUAGCAACUCAAUUAGUUAAUCAUGAUGGGGUUUACUAAGGAGGAUGCUCUCGAAGGAUUUUUGGCUUGUGAUAAAAAUGUGGAGACGGCAGCUUCGUAUUUAUUUGAGAAACAAGCAAGGGGGGACUUAUUGAGUAUCAAAUCGCAUUUAUAUGUAGGUCAACACUAUGAGAGAGAGGAGAACAAUCCUGACAAUUAUCAUGAUGAAGGGAACGAAGAAGAAGAUGAUAAUGAUGAUGAUUAAUAUUUAUGA